AUAAAAUUAAAAAAAUAAAUAGAAAACCUAAUUAUGUAAAACAAACCUUGCGAUUGGAUUUGUGCUGAAUGCAGAAAUUUAAAUUAUUCAUUCAGAAAGAUUUGUAAUAGAUGUCAGUAUUGUACAAGAGAUGCACCAGGAACUCGAUUUAUUCCAAACAAAAUAGAUUAAGGAAUAUAAAUACUUGAAACAAUUAAACUUUAACAAAUAGACUUAGGAGGAAGUAGUCAUAGUUCUACAGAUAGCAAUGAUGAUAAUGAUAAUGGAAUAUUCUCUUAGGCCUUAUUUCUUGAAGAUUUAUCAAAAAAUUCAGACAGCCUUAAAAAAUCAUUCUCUUUCUUGAAAAAAUGUUAAGUUUGCUGCAAUUAGAAUUACUUUUACUAAUAAAAGUGUAGUAAUUGUGGAUUUUCUUCAUUCAUUUGAUUCUUGAUUUUUUUAUUAUAUUUGAG